UACAAGCGGAUGUUGUCGACUCGUUGGCUAGCUUCGCGUUUGAAGAGAGCUCGAGACCCGUUACACCCGUGUGUUUACUCUUUUGGAAGGGUUUAUUGUUUAUGGACGGAUCCACUGCAAUUAAAGGAGCUCAAUUCCAACGCAAUGGCAAAUAUAAUAACGUUUCAGACGGAAAUCGCUUCAAUUAUGGAAGUGCUCGCAAACGCCGCUGUGGCAGAAAUCUGCAAACUUGUUGAGGACAGCUAUACUGAAUUACAGCUUGAAAUAUCUCAAACACAGAAGGAGAAUAACCUCCUUAAAAAGAAACUGAGAGUGCUAGAAAUCCGAGAUUCGUUUUACAGAAGAGCCCGCAAACAGAGAAACCAAUCAACUGCCUUGACAAAAACAGGUGUUCACGAAAAAGCAUCAGGGCGAAUUAGUGUCAAAAUUGCUUCCCUGUGUAACGAGGGAAGGGAUGAAGAUGAAGAUGAAACUCGAUCCGGUCAGGUCUCGCAUCUUCAACCCGAAAGACUAGACCAGUCUGUAGGGGAUAACGAACCAGAUGUUGUUCUUAUCAAAGAAGAGAGACCCGGCAAUGUGAGGUGUGAAAACUCAGAAAGUGAAACAGAGACUACUGAAAACCGUAAAGAUGACAACCAGUACAGGAGUGCAAGAGUAUUUGCAACAGUCCACAGAGAAAAAUUCACAGACCAGAACACAGUCCAGCACUGCCAUCAAGAGUCUGUAGAAGACGACGAGCCAGAUGUUCUCAUUAUUAAAGAGGAGAGACCUGACAGCAUGAGGUGUGAACAAUCAGAAAGAGAAACCGAGACUAAUGAAAACUAUGACACUAGGUACAGGAGUGCAGGAGUUUUCGUAACAGUCCACAGAGAUAACUUCAUAGACCAGGACACGGUCCAGCACUGCCAUCAAGAAUCCAGUGGAAUGCAACCUGAUCUCCUUGAGGACGAAAACCCAGAAAUGAAUGAUAUAGGUGAAGAUGCAGGGACUAACCUGCAGCCUGUCCCUUCCUAUCCUUCAUUGGUUUCCAGGAAAUUUGACAGGACCACGAAUCAUACCUCCUAUACUGAAUCUGAAUUCAAUGGAGGACCUUCUUUGAAUCAGUUUUUGAUGUAUAGAGGGAGCGCAGAUCCCACGUGUUCCUAUGCAGCUCCAAUGGACUCUAAUGGCUUGUCUAUGCCUGAUAUGGAAGGGCAUUUAGCACAUGGCGAUAAAGUUAACAUCAUUUCUCAAUCUGAACGGCCCCCUUUCACCCCGUGCUUUUCUUUCAAACAGUCCGAUUCGUCUCAGAUGCAAAGGAAAGACAAGUUUUUGUGUAAACAUUGUGGAAAAGCAUUCUCUCAACCCAGCACUCUCCUCUUGCAUCAAAAACUUCAUAACAGGGAGAGGCUUCACCACUGUACACUCUGUGGUAAGCGAUUUAGUCAAGCGUCUAGUCUUAAAAGACACCAGAGCAUCCACAGAGGUGAAAAACCAUUCAGGUGCGUGCACUGUGGCAAGCAGUUCGCAGAUCAAAGUAACCUCAAAAAACACGUGACUGUUCACACAGGUGAAAAGCCUUAUGGCUGUAACCUUUGUGGGAAAAUGUUCAACCAGUCUUCAAACCUCAAAACACACAUGAGGAUCCACACACGUGAGAAGCCUUUUGGUUGUGAUCGAUGUGGACAGAUGUUUGCACACAAGUACAUUUUGGUGAAACACCAACAGAGAAUGUGUGUUUCUACUGGACAAUUCUAGACUCCACAAGGUAGAGAAUACUCACUUUGGUAACUAUAAUUAAUUGAAACAUUCAUUUACAUAGAUUCUAAUAAUACUGUGCUCAUGUGGCUGAUUACACUGGAAUGGAAGAUGUAUUGGUGCACAAAGUUUUUUUUUCAAGUGAUACAAUGGGAACGGUUUCGUUUUUGGUGGUUAAGAUUUAGUACCUGCAAACCACCUGGUUCCUUUCUGAAAUGCCCACUUUUGAUGAUCCAAGCAAUUCCUAUUACAGGUGCUGGUCAUAUAAUUAGAAUAUCAAACAAAAGUUGAUUUCACUAAUUCCAUUCAAAAAGUGAAACUUGUAUAUUAUAUUCAUUCAUUACACACAGACUGAUAUAUUUCAAAUGUUUAUUUCUUUUAAUUUUGAUGAUUAUAACUGACAACUAAGGAAAAUCCCAAAUUCAGUAUCUCAGAAAAUUAGAAUAUUGUGAAAAGGUUCAAUAUUGAAAACACACUUGCAAAGGCCUUUAAAUGGUCUCUCAGUCUAGUUCUGUAGGCUACACAAUCAUGGGGAAGACUGCUGACUUCAUGUUGUCUAAAAAGCGACCAUUGACAUCUUGCACAAGGAGGGCAAGACACAAAAGGUCAUUGCAAAAGAGGCUGGCUGUUCACAGAGCUCUGUGAUCAAGCACAUUAAUAGAGAGGCGAAGGGAAGGAAAAGAGCCCCAACUAAGUAUUGAGUGCUGUACAUGUUCAUACUUUUCAGUUGGCCAAGAUUUCUAAAAAUCCUUUCUUUGUAUUGGUCUUCAGUAAUAUAAAAAUUUUCUGAGAUACUGAAUUUGGGAUUUCCUUAGUUGUCAGUUAUAAUAAUCAAAAUUAAAAGAAAUAAACAUUUGAAAUAUAUCAGUCUGUGUGUAAUGAAUGAAUAUAAUAUGCAAUUUUCACUUUUUGAAUGGAAUUAGUGAAAUCAACUUUUGUUUGAUAUUCUAGUUAUAUGACCAGCACCUUAUUUUGUUUCGAUGGGAAAUGUAUCAGAUUGAAGAACAAUGGGUUGCAAUUAAUUUUGUUGCAGUUUUUUCUUAGCUAUGUUGCAAUGUAGCCUACAGUAGAUGACACAUAAGAUGAAAUAUAAGCGUUUAAAAAAUGAUAUGUUAAUUGGAAGAAAUGUGAAAGAACUUUGUACACAUUUAACUUUGAUAAAUCCACUUAUGUAACAUCAGUAACAUUAAUGUUAAUAAAUUCAUGCACCUUCAGCAAA